AGAAAAAGGGGAAAAUUCCACAAAGACUUUAAGGCUUUGGCAAAUAUUCCCAAUCAACCAAACAUAAAUGGUCCACAUCUUUCAAAAUCUAUCAAACUAUCUUACAAUUUUUCAUUUGGGAAAUUAAAAAUGAAGCAUUUCCUCUACUACCAAAAUUCAAAAUAAACCCCUCUUUUCCAACGGUCACCUCUUCUUCUUCUUCUUGGUUCUUGCAUCUCACAAAAAAAUACAGUAAAAUGCCAAGAACUAUUCACUCCAAACCUCAACCUCUUCUUUCAAAAUCAUCCCUUCUCUUAAAUCCAUUCGGUGAAAUUACCUUCACUGGCCCGAAAAGUACAAAUUUUGCAUUUAAAGCUCACAUUUUUUACUCUCCCCUUUUACUUUCACACAGGACCCAUGUCCAAAAACCAAUCAUUUGUGCAAGAAAGAAUAAAAGAGGAUCUGGGUACCAAAAAUUAAUCAAAAUUGUGACCUUUAUGGCAUCUAAUCUCAACACUUUGCCAGAGCCAUUGGGUUUGGUUAUUGAAGAAUUUGCUGCUGCUGUUGCUGCUGGUGGAGGGAAUUUAGGAUUUUGGAAGGGUUUAGGGGGCGGAAGAUUUGAUGGGUGGGGAAGAAAAGGGAAGAUGAAUUCAGGGUUUUUAGGCUUUUUGGUGGUUUCUGGAUUGGGAUUGAUUUUGUUUUUGUUUGGAGGGGAGUUAAAGAUUGAUGUGGUUUCUGGGGUUUUGGUGUUGAGUUUAUUAGGGGCUGUUUUGGUUAAAGGGUUUAAGAGAGGGAUUAAAGAUUGGAUCUUGGGGCUUUGCUUUUUUGGUGUUCUGUUGGGUUUGGGAUUGAAGAAAGGAGAGAUGCGAAAAUGGGUUGAGAGAUGUAGGGUUCGUUCACCAGUUUUGGUGCUUAUGAAGGGAAAGAGAAGACAUGGUAGGAGAAUUUGGUAACAGAAGCUACAAAGGAAAGAUUUAUUCUUUGAUUUAGUUAGACUGAUUUUUCAUUUCACAUUUGUAUUGCAUGUGUUCCAAGUACAAGAAGACCUUAAUGUGGCUAGUCAUGAAACUAUAGGAAAGUUUUGCAGCUGUUUACAUUUUCUCCACUGAGAUUUGAUUGAGUUACAAUACAGUAUUGUUGCAAGUUUCGAUUUCAUUUUGUGGUAGUGCUGCUUGAAUGUCUGUUGAUAUUUCCUCUUAUGAUAUACAAGUUCAGUAUGAUUCUUAA